CUAUAUUUUAUAGUAACGUUCCUACACUUAGAGUGCCAAGUCUUUCACAAUGAAGAAAUGUAAAGUAAACUCCUGUGCAUAUAUAUAGAGGUCCUUGCAUGUGUGCAUCUGAUAUCCUGCUGGUAAAGUUGUUCUACGAGACAAUCUUCUCAGCUGAACAUUGGUGCAUUCAGUGCUCAGUGAAGAAUGGGUGCAUUUGUGGUUGUUGCUCUGGCACUUUGGUGCUUCACAGGCAUCUUCGGGUACGAAAAUGUUCAGGCGAACACAAUGGAUUGCAGUGAAUUCAGACAAGCGAAAGGACUCAUGCUCUGCACAAAAAUCGCUAAACCAGUCUGCGGAACAGAUGAUACCACAUAUAUCAGUAAAUGUGAUCUUUGUCGUCAAAACCUGGAAUCCAACAAAAAUGUGGGUGUGAAGUAUGAAGGUCAAUGUAUUCAGAUUCAGGACUAUUGCAAGGGAUUUGGCCCAGAUGAUCAAGUGUGCCCCUUCAAUUUUAUGCCUCACUGCGGUUCCGAUGGGAACAACUAUAGCAACCAGUGUGAUUUCUGCAUUAAUGCCCUGAAGAGCAAAGGGGCUCUGUUGCUGCAGCAUUUUGGAAUGUGCUGAGAACUUGACAGAUUUCCAAGAGACCUCUUUGCCUUAUACUCUAAUAGCAAAUGUUCCAAAAAGAAGGUCUGAUUUGCCAAUAAAGAUGUCUAACCUGCAACCAUGUAUUGUUUUGAUCUCUUCUAUAAUGUCUCACUUUACGUCAUGGAACGCAUUGCUAUUUUGGUUGUUCUCUCUUUCAAUACCAGGCUCAUGUAUAUCAGAGGGUCUGUGUAGGGUUUAGGGUUUUAACCCCAGGAAGGAAAGCAUAUU